UAUGGCUGCUUUGGUUAAUGAAAGACGAAAGUUGUUAGUAAAAAUCAUUGUUAAACGUUAAUUAAUUUAAGUUACAUGAAAUUGAUUGGCUCUUCAUUUAUUAUUGAAUUAUUCGUCUUAUUUUGAGGAUGAUUGAGUAAAGUAAUAUAAGGAUUUGGACGAUCUUUUAAUCAUAUUUUGAGUCGAACUUUUGUAUCCCUGGCAGAAUGAACCCCCAGAUCACCAGUAGUACUAGAUCUAGAUCUAGUAGAUCUAGUAGCCUACAAAUAAUAUGAGCUUAGAUGCUUCAGUAUUUUUAUGAACAUUGGAUACUAUAUAUAAGUGACCAUUCACCUGCAGAAUUUGAAAAAUUACCAGCCAUACACUAUGGUUAAAAUAUCAGAAGAUUACAGAAAGACAAAAUGUGCCAUAUGUUGGCAGGAUCUGAAACCAAAAAGUCCUCUGUUACAUGGCAUGAAGUGCAUCAAGUAUGAAAUUAAGGAGAAGCUGAAGUAUCUCCUGCCCCUUCAGGAUUUUAAUACACUUUUUGAUGAGACCAUUUUCUCUGAGCCAAGGUUAUGUAACCUGUGCUUUGUCACUGUAAAGAAGAUACCUAAAACUAUUGCUCGGCUCCAAGGCCUGAUUGGUAAAAAAAUCAACAUAAAAUUGUACAAACCCCAAAGAAGUGAAUGGAAUGUUGGUGCUUGUACACAGGGUUUAAAUAAAAGGACUAAACUUAAGACAACUCAAGGCUAUAAAUUCAAAUCCUCUGAGAAGGACAAAGCUCAACAAGAUGAAAAGAUUUCACAGCUGUCACCACUUAAGCAUAAAGGAAUUGAACUUUGUUUUUCACCUGAAGGUCUGUCCCACACCUUCACUAGUGAUAAAACAAAUGAUGACAGUGAUGAUGAAGAUACAGAUGAAGAAUUUGAUGCUGGCCUUGACAAAGCAAUGGAAGAUGUUGUUCCUUCUCAUUCUAAUGGAAUAUCUGCCCAAAAUAAAGACUAUAAAAAUUUGCUGAUGUUUGAUGACAGUGAAAUUGCUGAACUAAACCUGUCAGGACUAGCCGACGCUUUUUUGGACACAGAACAAAUAAAAGUAGAAAACAAACCUGUAGCUCAUCUUGAUGUAACUGCAUCAGCUUCUAAUGACAAGAAUAAUGUAAUUCUUUCUACAAAAUCUGAUAAAGCACUAAAAUCUAAACCAAGAAGAGAGAGCAAACGAGCUGCUGCUAUAAAAGCAAAACGGAAAAAAUUCACCGCACAUGAAAGUGAAUCAGACUCCGGUCUGAACUCAGAUAUUUCUAUACAAGACAGUGAAGAUGAGUACCUGCCUACGUCAGGUAAAGUUAGAAAACUGGAGUCCACCGCUACAUCCAAUGAUGACUCCGACAACAAAAGAACACCAAAAUCUAAAACUGUUUCUCCACGUAAAACAAAGAUAAUACCUGGCAGAAGUAGAGCCAAAGGAAAGUUGUUACCCCAAGGUAAAAAAUUUAACGUUUGCAAUAAUUCAGAUGAGGAGCUGAAUUCUGAAGCAGAUAGUCAAAUUAAAGUUGAGAACAACAGCCUUCAAGUUGACAUCCCAGCUAACCUUAGUGAUGAAUCUAAAAAAAAGCUGGCUACUUUAAUCCAGAAAGCUGAGAAAUACGUGAAGAAAAACAAAAAACCUGGUCAGGACAAAUUAUUGAUCAAGUGCUGUAUCAGCAACUGUGACCAUGGAUACCCAACAUGGCAGCAUAUGGCUGUACAUUUUAAGUAUUAUCACUAUGAUGGAAUACUCAGUACAGAAGAUGAUUUUUCACAGAAAAUGGCAAUGCUUGCAAAUAAUGGUGGACUGGAUAAUGAACUAUUUUCUUUCAAGUGUACACACAAGGGCUGUAAACUGGCUUUCACCACUGAGGAAAAUUUAAAUGAGCACCAAUCAGCCCACAGCAGUGAACAUGUUUACAUGUGUGAGUUCCCAGACUGCACCAAAGCCUUCAAGUUGUCCAGGGCCCUACACACCCACCUCAGGUCUCACACAGGGGAGCGACCUUUCACCUGCGACAUACAUGGAUGUGGCAAGAGCUUCAAGGACAGCAAGGACCUGGUGAAGCACAAAUCACGUCACACAGGUGAUAAGCCUCACAGGUGUGAGUUUGAAGGCUGCACCAAAACAUUUUUCACUGCGUCAGAGAAAAACAGCCAUAAUGUGACGCACAUGAAAGCUGACAUGCUCAGCUGUGAGAUUUGUGGCAAACAAUAUGCUCAUGAGAAAGGCCUGACCAGACAUAAAAGAAGAAUUCAUGGAGUUGGUAAACCUGGCCUCCACAAAUGUCCCUACAGUGGAUGUGAAGAAUCUUUUGUGAAGAAGGAGAAGCUAGAGAUCCACAUCUGUAGCCACUCACCAGAACGCCAGCUGUUUUGUGAAAAGUGUGGCAAGAAGUUCAGCUGUCAGAGAUACUUGGAUGUACACUAUAAAAUUCACUUAAAGAAUGAAAAGCACGCUGCCAACCCGCCACAGCGCACGGUCGCGUGUGAGUACCCAGGCUGCGGCAAGCUGUUCACCACCCGGGAGAACAUGAAGAGCCACCUCUUGAACCAGCACAGGGGCAGGAAACCCAAAUCCGUGCCCGGAGUUUUCUUCUCCUGCUCUGUUGAAGGCUGUGGGAAACAGUUCUCCUUCAGGUCGACCCUCUACAGGCACAACAAGCUGGUGCACAAGGGCGGGGAUUACAAACUGGGGAAGGAGUUUGUCAAGCACCCCUGCAAGUACGACGGUUGUUUUAAGGAGUUCAACCGUAAGAACCUUCUGGAGGAGCAUAUGGUGAUGGAGCACGGGAAAACCCCCAAGAGGUUGUUGCCCCUGCAGAACAAGGAGCUGGACUUCAUUGAGCGCAUCUGUGUGCACUGUGGCAUGGUGCUGACCGUGGCCCAGCUACCCCGUCAUGUGGAGGUUUACCACAGUGAGAGGGCUCUCAGGGAGAUGAAGGAGACAUCACCAUACCCAUGCCAUCUGAAAGGCUGUGAUUAUUUAUUUAAUGCGCUGGAGGACAGGAAAUUUCAUGUACAACAACACAUUGACAACCCACCGUACAGGUGUCAGGUUGGGGACUGCUGUGAGACAUUUUACCUGGAGAAAAAUUUAGACAACCACCUGUGGAACCACAACAGGAAACAGUCUACCUGUGAUUUUGAAGGCUGCUACAAGGUUUUUGACGACCAGCUCCUUUUGGCCAAACACAGCCGGGUUCACUAUGACCCUAAGAUGAAAUGUCCGUGGCCAAAUUGUGAUAACUGGCUGACAGAAACUGGCCAAUUGAAGCCUCAUUUUAUCGCACACAGCCGAUCUCUGAGGGCCAAUCUAGACUGUGACUUUGUGUGUGAGAUCUGUGAGCUGGCCUUCAACAGCAAGUGGGGGUUGAUGAUCCACAAGAGGCUGCAUGGAGAUGAUGCUGCAGCCAAACCUUCACUUGCAAGAUUGGCCAGAUUUUCUUGUGAAGAACCAGGCUGCCAGGGGACAUUUUCCGACCAAAAAGGUUUCUUUGACCAUUUCCUCUACCACUAUACCAACAUCCAUGUGAUGUGUGAUUACAUGGGCUGCCAGCAGACUUUCCACAAUAUGAUAACAAUGUCAAGACACACUAAAUGUCAUUAUGAUGGGAAAUUUAAAUGCCCUUGGCAAGGCUGUGGAAAAUACCUUGCCUCGGUUUUCAUCGUCAAACAACAUCUGUACCGCCACAUCAUGUCUGAGCCGUCCAUCUCCAUCAAUCGUGAAUACCAUUGCAAUCAGUGCUUCAUGGUCUUCAGGCUGCAGGAAAAUCUGGCCAGCCACCAGGAAGACCACAAUGAGAAGUCAGACUAUGUAUGCCCCACGUGUGGUAAAAAAGGUCGCCACAACCAUCUAACAGCUCAGAAACUCGGCAAGCCACGCAAGUCGCAGGUGUGCCAGCAAUGUGGUGCACGUUACUCCACCAUGAAUGGUCUCAAAUUUCACCAGUUACAGAAGCAUAAAAUUGGCAAAUGGCCCUUCAAAUGUGACUACUGUGGUAAAGGAUUUGUGAGCAGCAGAGAAAUGCAGAGACACACCCCCUCCCACACCAAGGAGAAACCAUUUGUCUGUGAAAUCUGUACUGUCAGUUUUGCCUCACAUACUGGUCAUAGAGCUCAUAUGAGAAAACAUUCAGGACAAAAGUAUGUCUGCGAUGUGGAAGGCUGUGGCAAGGUUUACACCACCCCCAUUUCUCUCCGAGGACACAAAGCCCAGCAUGAGGGCUUCAGCAAGAUGUGCCAGUUCUGUGGUAAAACCUACAAGAAUCCGUACGGCCAUAAAUGUAAGGCUAGCAGAGACAUUAGGAAAACAAAGCAGGUCAUCAACCAGCAGAUGGGACAGCCUGUCACACUCCCUGUCACUGUGUUACCUCAGACAGUACAGCCACACCUCCAGACCCCCCAGCCACAGAUCAUCCAAGUCCAGACCCCCUCCACAUUCCAGCACACGGUCAUCAUCCCCCAGCAACUUGUGCCCCAGAACAUGGACAUGCAGCAGGGCCAGCGCAACAUCAUGACCUCCAGCACGCUGACCCACCAGGAGGUCAUCCAGCACAACCUGAGCCAGGUGAUCCCCCAGGGUCUGCAGCAGCCAGGCCUGCACCACACGCUGGCCAACCAGAACCUGAUGCAGGACAGGAACCAGCAGAUGGCGAUGGACAUGGCACGGGUCAACACCAUGGAUGAUACUGGAAAUUAUCCGUUCAAUAAUUAUGUUGUGUUUUGGGAUAGUCAAAAUUUGUAAGGAGAUUAUCCAGGACAGUCAAAAUGUAUAAGAUUAUUUGGGAUAGUCAAAAUUUGUAAGGAGAUUAUCUGGGAUAGUCAAAAUUUAUAAGGAGAUUAGCAGGGACAAUCAAAAUUCGUAAGAUUAUCCAGGAGUCAAAAUUUGUAAGGAGAUUAGCAGGGGCAGUCAAAAUUUGUAAGGAGAUUAUCUGGGAAUAGUCAAAAUUUGUAAGAUUAUCCGCGAUAGUCAAAAUUUGUAAAGAGAUUAUCUGGGACAGUCAAAAUUUGUAAGGAGAUUAUCUGGGAUAGUCAAAAUUUGUAAGGAGAUUAUCUGGGAUAGUCAAAAUUUGUAAGAUUAUCCGUGAUAGUCAAAAUUUGUAAAGAGAUUAUCUGGGACAGUCAAAAUUUGUAAGGAGAUUAUCUGGGAUAGUCAAAAUUUGUAAGGAGAUUAUCUGCAAUAGUCAAAAUUUGUAAGAUUAUCAGCGAUAGUCAAAAUUUGUAAAGAGAUUAUCUGGGACAGUCAAAAUUUGUAAGGAGAUUAUCUGGGAUAGUCAAAAUUUGUAAGAUUAUCCGUGAUAGUCAAAAUUUGUAAAGAGAUUAUCUGGGAUAGUCAAAAUUUGUAAGGAGAUUAUCUGCAAUAGUCAAAAUUUGUAAGAUUAUCAGCGAUAGUCAAAAUUUAUAAGAUUAUUUGGGACAGUCAAAAUUUGUGAUGUUUUUUUAUAUUGAUAUUUUGUAAUUGAAUGUUAAUUAUAC